AUUCCUGCCAUAAACCUCAAGGCCAUAGUACUGGUGCACUGGCUUCUGACCGUCUGGGGCUGUAUGGAGUGGCUGCCCCCCUCUUAUGCCUGGGGUAACUUCAGUGUCCUGGCUCUGGGUGUGUGGGCCAUCGCUCAGAGGGACUCCAUUGAUGCUGUACUUAUGAUUGGGUGUGGGGGUCGAUUUGAGAAAACGGCAGGCUUCCCCAGUGUAACACGAAACAGAGAUGCUUACCAGUCCAUUGACCAGCAGGACCAGACAACCAGCUCAGCCAACCCCUUCAACCAGGCCAGGGACACCAAGGCUGGAGCAACAAACUCCUACUGA